AUGAACAACACGGACUUCGACGAUCCUGCAAGUGAAGCGACAGAAAGAAAUGUGAAAAUCGGCUUUUACAUUGCUUUUCUUAUCAUAGGAUUUGGAGGUAACAGUUUAGUAAUUACAGUGAUCGCUGGGAAGAAAAAAGAAAGGACGAUUUAUGAUCUUCUCAUUUUGAAUCUUGGAAUUUCCGAUUUUGGCUUCAUCGUAGUUUUCACCCCAAUAAGCAUCUACUCUUACAUCAAUAAAAUUCACCACAAUUUGUAUUACUGUCGACUAUUAAUACCUCUGGUGACAGCCUUUUAUUUCUUGAGCAUCUUCACCAUCGCCUCCAUGGCAAUAUAUCGCUGUCGGUUGAUAACUAACCCCUAUAGACCCAAGAUGAGGAAGCGAAGUGCAUACAUUUGGAUCACCGUUAUCUGGUUUUCAUCCUUAAUAAUAGUCCUUCCUUUAUCAAUCGUCUCUCAAACUAACAACGGGGUCUGCCUCGAGAAUUGGCCGUCCAUAAAUCAUCGCAAGGCGUACACCGUUGCUCUCUGCAUUUUACAAUUUGUGAUACCUUUGUUAAUCAUUGGUGUGGCGUACGUUAGGAUCGGUAUCUAUCUCUGGCGAUCAACUGUUCCUCAGAGCACCUUAUCCACGUCAAAUAAGAAAAAGGCGCAAAAGAGAAGGAAAGAAAACAUCCAAGUUAUCAAAACACUCACUAUGAUUGUGAUCCUGUUCGCGAUUUGUUUGCUUCCUGGACAAAUCGCUUGGCUUUUGCUUGAUUUUGGAGGUCAAAAGGAAUCAGAUAUCGCAAAAGAGAUUUUUAAAUUUUCAGAUAUCCUUGACAGUCUGCAUGCAUGCGUAAAUCCCAUUAUUUACGGACUACUGAUAGAACAGUUUCGCAGAGAAUACGUCAGAUACUUUUCGUAUUGCUUUAAGUGCGGCACGAGGCAGAUGAUUGUUAUAGAAAAUGAUACAUGCAAUGCAGAGAGCACCAUGAACGUUCUGUCGCCUUUACCAAAGAAAAGGAAUCUCACAUCUGGUAUUGGUGAGGUGGAAAUUGACGCCACUAUCAACUCAAGUGAGUCCUGUGAGUCUAAAGACUUCUUGCCAGGAAACCCAUUGGCAUGA